CCAACCCUUCGUCCCAAGUGCCAACUGCGCCUGUCCGAUCGGUUCCGAUCCGACCAAGCCACACGUCGCCGAAUCCGAACAGCUCUUCCACGAACCACUUGCCCCUCCUCACGCCCUCUCCUCGUCGGUUUCGAACCAUCUAGAAGCGUCGCCGCCGACUCGCCAUCUCCUCUCUAGGUCACCGGAUUUCCUAGCCGGCGGCGAGCUCGUCGGCUCAGGCGGCGGCGGCGGCGGCGAUGGACUGGAGCUCCGUGACUGCGGAGGAUCUGGUGGACGCGCUGCGGGAGGUGGACUGGUCGACGCCGCCGCGCCCCGUCUCCGAGUUCUUCUCCCGCUUCACCGCCCCGCGAUCCUACUCCAAGUGGACCAGCCGCCUCAAGUGCAACCUCUACUACUACAGGACGAACUACUUCAUCUUGAUCAUGUUCAUUCUUGGGAUGGGCUUUCUCCGGAAACCAGUUUCCAUCCUUGCAGCUUUUUCAACAGGCCUCAGCAUUGCAUUUCUCAAUGACAGUUUUGCAGUUACAUUCAAUGAGAAAGUCACAAGGACAGUCAGACAAUUUUCACCACAUUUAGCAGCAAAGAUGAGGCCACCCUUAAGACCUGUCAUUCGUGGCCGACCAAGCUCAAAAAGAUCAAUUCAUAUUUGUGGCCGGCCUCGAUGGGUUUUUGUUGUAUUAUUUUCUGUCGUAAGCUGCUUCCUCUGGAUGACCUCAUGUAGUCUCCUUACGGUUCUGUGGGCACUAAUUGUUGGUCUGCUUGCAACCUUGCUUCACGCCAGUUUCAGAACACCUAAUCUGAAAGCACGCCUGAACACAUUCAGGGAGGAAUUUCGAGCAGUAUGGCGGAAUUAUAGCGAGUUUUAAACGCCCUUUUUGUCUACCCCAUGUGAGUGCCUUCAUCGCUGUCUUAUGGUCGAAAAUUGAAUCUAGCGAAGGGCUUAAAGUGCUACCUGUUCUGUCAGUGCAUCAUUGUGGAGCUGCUUAUUGGAUGUCUCUGCGGUGGUGCAAUGUAGAAGGACCUACUUCAGUGUGCUUUCGAAUUUCUUGAUUUUCUCUGCAGAUUUAUGUGGUAAAAAUGUUACCAAGUUCCAUAUCUCUGCUGCCUCUUGCGACUCUUUAAUUGUGGGAGAUUAAAAAUAGGCAUGCUAUUUUCUCCAGUUUAUGGAUUUGGCUUUAGAUUGUGGAUUAUUCUAGUCCCCCACCACAUGGAUCUCCAUAGUUUUAGCUUCUGGUCCAAAACUUCUACUGUAUUUUGAUACAUUGGGGAAGGAACAGCAUGUAAAAGAGACAGCUAUCCUGAAGAGAAGAAAAAAGAUAUUGUUGUGAAAUGCC